UUCAAACAUGAACACAAAUAGUGGUGACCAACUGAAAGCAGCAGCUCAAACAGGUGAUAUAGAUCUCCUUUACACAGUAAUUCAUCAUGAUCCAUGGAUUUUGGAGAAUAUAGAUUCAAUACCAUUUGUUGAAACUCCAUUGCACAUCGCCGCAUCUCUGGGGCAUAUCCGAUUUGCCAUUGAGAUUAUGAAUUUGAAACCUUCCUUUGCUUUGAAGCUAAAUCCGCAAGGAUUCAGCCCCGUUCAUCUCGCUAUGCAAAACGACCAAAAGAGGAUGUUGUCUCGGUUUGUUGACAUGAAUAAAGAUCUUGUUAGAGUUAAAGGGAGGGAAGGGUUAACUCCUCUUCAUUUUGCAAGUCAAAUAGGAGAGGUAGAACUUUUAGCUGAAUUCCUCACAGCUUGUCCGUAUUCCAUUGAAGAUGUGACAGUGAAGGGUGAGACUGCACUGCAUAUUGCUGUUAUGAAUAAUCAGUAUGAGGCUCUUGAUCUUCUUGUUUCCUUUCUUAGAAAAAAUUUCAUGAGAAGUGCUAGGAUGAUUCAAGAUAAAAUACUAAAUUGGAAGGAUGAGGAUGACAAUAACAUUUUGCAUAUUAUAGCACAAAGAAAUUUCGAGCCACAGGCAAUUGGUUUGUUGUUAAAGAUUGGGAUAAAUUUGAAGGCAAAGAACUUGGAGAACAAAACUGCAUUGGACAUGACAGCCAAUGUAGAUAUAAGGAGUAUAUUGUUGUGUGCUGGAGGAAAAUCGAACUCACAGAUCACCAAUCCUCCCACACUUUCACAUAACCUCAGAUCAAAUACCUCAGUCAGAGAUAAAGUGACAACUUGUAUAUUUCGCACUGGAAGUAAUAUAUUAGAGGAACAACGUAACACUUGGUUGAUAGUUGCGACUCUUGUUGCAACAGCCACGUAUCAAUCAGCACUGAGUCCCCCUGGUGGAAUUUAUCAGGUUAGUGCUAGUGAUGGCAUUAAUGUUAACAUCACUUCCUCCAAUUCUACUAUUUCUACACCUAAUAAUGCUGGGAAAUCAGUCUUGUCAGCACCAGAAUUCUUUAUGUUCUUAUUUUUGAAUAUGACUUCCUUUAUUGUAUCAAUCAUAGCAAUAGUUAUUAUGAUACCAAGAGGAACAAUAGACGUUGUAGUGGGUUUUCCGGUGCUCUCUUUUGCUUUAAGUUAUUUAUUUUCUAUGUUGAAGAUAUCCCCUAUUUUUGAGGAUACAACCAUUGUUUUACUCUUUGUUCUACUUCUUUCAAUUUAUUUUUUCUGGGUGUUUGCUGCUUUUUCAAGAGUGUACUAUCAUCUGAAGCCCGUAAUUGCUAAGAAAUUGAAUAGAUGAUAGUUAAAUCAAUAUUGUGGCAAUAGGAGAAACACCAAUCAUGGUUAUGAUCAAUAGGAGAAACACCUAAUGUUAUCUGCAACUCAGACUGCUGCCCGAAUUCACAAACAAUAUCGCAACGUCCAUUUGCAGUAUUCAUUGUUAUUGUUACUUGUUAACUUCAGAUAGUUGUGAGUGAUUCCAUGUAUUAAAUA